AUGAUGUCUCUUCUCAGCGAUAUUAUUGGACAUGGGGGAAUUCUGUCACCGCUAGACCUAGGGAUCACGUCUAUAACAAACAGCAGUUCACAGCAAACGCCAAUCAUCGAUGACCCCAACGAAGGAACCAUCACAACAGGCAGCAGGUUUCAAGCCCGCACCGAGUAUGCAGGAAGACGUCUCGCUGCACAAGCCUGCGCACUAGCAGAGGCUGGUCACACUGCCUUUAUUCACCACACUCAAGUCGGGGCUUCUACUGUCCUUCAGGACGCUCUCGCCGCGAGUGCUUUACACGCCAUGCGUAACCCGUCCAAUGUGGCAAUCGUAAAGACUGAGAUUGCACGGCGAGCAUCACUGUUGGUUGAUGCAGUUGAAGCUGCUUUGGCCUGCGAUCCUCCGAUGGAACUUGAUCUACUCCCUCCUGUGCAAGCACUGCUCAUCUACCAAUGCAUACGGCUCUUUUCAACCAGCGACAUCACCCAACAAGCUCAGGCAGAGCGUGAUGGAGCUCGGCUAUCAGCAUGGGCGGAUAAGUUGAGGCUAACAAUCAGCCCGUUUGGACCAGUCAAGGAAUGGGCAGACUGGAUACGGCAGGAAAGCGUGAGACGGACGGUAGUGUUUGCCGAAACAAUCUCGGGUGUAUACACCUUUUUAAAGCUUGGUUGGGAUUGCGAGGGGAAAGUAUCCCAGCUUGGUUUCACGGCCCAGGCAGCUCUUUGGGAGGCCAGAUCAGCGGCCGAGUGGCGGGAGAUAUGGAAGACGUCCAGACGGCUUGAGCUCACCAUGUCCACCUUUGGUCAUGACACACAAGGUGCCGACCCUGAAGACUUUGACGAGCUGGGCAGGGUUAUUUGCGCCACCUAUCGUGGUUUGGACGCCUUGGAGGAGUGGUUUGGUGGAGACAAGGCAACACUCAAGAGAUGGGGGUUGAGGGAAGACAGAUCGCUUCCGGCUUAUUAG